ACGGACGAAGCUGGAGACUCCGGGACGAUAAAGAACUGCGCGUACAGCACUUUCGAGCGUAGACACGAUUUUCUCCGCGGUUAAAAACGUAUAUUAGCAGGUAUUACGCGAUUAUUACCGAGAUAACAAUUAGAUUUUCGCCGACUCGGAGGUUCGUAAACAUUCGUCGAGACGUGUGUCUUCGAAUUGGCGUGAGGCAGACCUGUUAGAUUGGUUUCGAGGGAGAGAGAGAGUACCGCGAGCUACGCUAAGCUUUCAUGUUUUCAGAGGGACAGAGUAAAAGCGACAUUGCUCUCAGCAAGAGAUUAUCGUAUCUGCUGCGCCAUGGGGCUGUAAGGGAAGGCUUAAACAUCAAACCGAAUGGUUUCGUUGCAGUUGACGAACUCUUAAACAAGCUUUAUCAGUGUACUAUUGACGACAUCGAGAGAGUAGUAAAGAAAAAUAACAAGCAGAGAUUUACCCUUGCAACCGUUAACGGCGUUUUAGAGAUUAAGGCAAAUCAAGGGCACUCUAUAUCCAGGAUUAGUGAAUUGAGUUUGAAAAUACUUGACUGCGUGGACUUUGACAUAAUUCACGGGACUUAUUUUAAGUACUGGUCAAGGAUAAAAACUGAGGGUCUGUCACGUAUGAAAAGAAAUCACGUUCACUUUGCAAAGGGGUUAAAUUUUGUCAACGGUCUGAGGCAAAGCGCCGAACUUUUUGUUUAUAUAAAUUUUGAAAGAGCAAAGGAGGAUGGCUUAAUAUUUCGUGAAUCUGAAAAUAAUGUUGUCCUCUGUGCUGGAAAUUCGAAAGGAUUGAUCGAAACAAAGUAUUUUUUGAAGGUGCUUACUAGGGAUGGACAAACAUUGAAUUUUGAUGAAAAGUAGUGAUCUUCUUUUUAUCUUUUU